UUCAGCAGCGCAUCACAUGAUUCAUCUCUUGUGACAAUCCGGACAGAAAGGAAAAGCGUCUGUGACUUCCAGCUGAAGGAGCCGCUGUGAUGUUGUUCUGACACAACGGACCCACUUCAGUCACAGAAAUGGGGUUCAGCUAGCCUUUAGCGCACCAACUUGCAUCAUUCCUGUGGUAACUGCGGCCGUUGGGUGAAGAUUUGGGGGUUGUUGUUGGGUCGACUGGGACAAAGUUGGCGCAUGGACGAACUUUCAUUUUUGCGCAGCGCAUUUUCUGUUGCUUUUUUCCGCUUUUGCUUGUCAGUUAGCAUCACACAAAGUUAAGUCGCGCGCUGGGUUAUUGUUUUUACCCAUUAAAUUUACUGACCAAGACAAAAUAAAUAAACCGGACGAGUUGAAGACACGUAACUCGGAGCGAGAUGGUGGACAACAAACCUCUUCUCCAGGACGGUCCUCCCGCCUAUAACGCCGUUCCAGGGGCCAGUGAGUACGGUCCUCAGCUGCACGGAUACGGGGCGAUCCCCCCCGCGGCACCGCCACCCUACCAGUACCAUGGAGGCCAAGGAUUCCCGCCAGCCCAGAUGGGACCUCCUGCUACCCAGCAGCCCUACGCGGGGUCGUACACCAUCAUCCAGCCGUCUGUAGUAGUGGUGGGAGGCUGCCCUGCCUGCAGAGUCGGCGUCCUGGAGGAUGACUUCACCUGCCUCGGUAUCCUAUGUGCCAUCUUCUUCUUCCCCUUGGGCAUCCUCUUCUGCUUCGCUCUGCGUCAGAGACGGUGUCCUAACUGUGGAGCCACCUUCGGCUAGAGGGACCAAACUGCAGCUCUAUUCACAGUUCUACUCCUAUUCACACACACACACAAACACACGUAAUCCUGCAUUUUUAUAUACAAAUCGGAUUGUGUCAUGACUUUUUGGGGCAAGUUAGGAGUCUUUUUUUCACCUACAGGUUGUUUUAAAGCUGCUGCCAGUGCCUUCACCACACACUUAGUGGUCAGUCAUGAUUUCCUCCGAGGUUUCAGGGAUCUUGGCAGAUUCCAAUGCCAUUAGAAGUUUAUUUUUGCCAAUUCCUCUCAUAUCUAGCUUUGAGUUAGCAUACCAUUUGGCUACGCUGCACUCUGAUCACUUAAGAAUUAGGUUUUUAUAGCAGGAAAUGCAAACUUGUUCCCUUUUAUUUCUUCCAUGCUGGGAUGAAGAGAAUUUCUUUGGACAUGAUCUGCUCGGACUGAAACGGAAAACGUUAUGCUUGACAGCAUUUUGUUAGUUCUUUUUUGGGGCCACAUUUGGACUGAAUUUUUGAUGAUUCUGCUGGGUUGUGCUUUCCAGGGCCAAUGCAGACCUCAGGUAUAUACAAUCUGAAACGCCCUCGACUUUACAACCUCACCGAUCGACUGAUUGACUGUGUCAAAGUAGCCGGGGUAGGAGCUGAAAUCCCUCAAUGGCGUGUGUAAUCUCCAAUUUUUAUUCUACUGACAAAUCACCUUCCUCCCAACCAGACAAUCAAUCCAGAAUGUGUCUGCAACCGUCUUCCACUGCAGGAGGUUUAAAUCUGUUCUCGUUGGGGGGUAUAAAGGAGUCUUGCUUUAGGAAACACUACGCACGCUCUUAUAAUUAAGACUUUUUUAUAUGUAUAUGACUUACUGUAAUUAAAACAAUGCUACUUA